AUGGGCCCUGUCUUAUUGAGAGGAGGAAACAAUGCCAAGCACAUCAGCUUGUGCCACCCAACAGAGUCCAGGCACAUUGUGGUAAUCCUAGUGCUGUCUUCCUGGCCUUGUCUUGGCAGUGGCUUAAGCUGGGAGCCGCAUUCCCGCACAGUGGAGCAGGUCCACCUACGCUGCACCGAGGGCUCCCUGGAAUGGCUGUACCCCGCACGAGCCCUGCGCGUCGUCCUGGAGCCCAACCUGUCGAGCAGCAGACACACCACCGUCUGCAUCAAGCCGGCGCGUGAUUUCCAAGGUGCCAGCAUCUAUGUGGAGCGCGCUGGCCAGCUGCACCUGGUGGUGAGCGAAGCCGAGGCGGCACGGUUGCGCCCUGUGGCCUGCUUCAGCGCCCAAACGCCACAGCGGGUCGCCCUUUUCCUGCAGGCCAGCCCGCAGAGAGACAUCAGCCGCAGGACGGCCAGCUUCCAAUACGAACUGCUGAGCAACCAGAGCACCGCCGCCGGCCCUGAUGUCCAGAAAAUGGCCCUUGUGGAAGCAAUGUGCCGCCCCUGUGACAACACGGAGCUUCUGAUGGCCAUUUGCAGCAGUGAUUUUGUGGUGAGAGGAGCUAUCCAGAAUGUUUCCCAUGACCCUGAAAAUCACAUGUCCUGGAUUGAAGUCAGUGUCCAGAAAGUCUACAGGCAGAAAAACCGAAUUUUCCGACCAGAUGAAGCUACUGGUGAAUGGCGAGGUCCCAUAAAAACCCUGCUGCAGUGCAAAGUGAAGAAAGGUGCUGGGGAUUUCCUGUUCACUGGCAAUGAACAUUUCGGAGAAGCUUGGUUGGGCUGUGCCCCUAGAUUUAAGGACUUCAAUUCUAUUUACCAAACAGCCAGAGAAAAGGGAACAAACCCAUGUGAGUUUCAGGUUAGCUGAAAUGCACAUCACAGGAGAGCUGAGUAAAAGGAUGCUCGGGGUGCUACUCAAGAGUUUCAGCAAAGGUUGACAGCAAAGUGUUCAAUAGAUCUAGGGCUGGGAGAGCCUCUAGAGGUUUCUGAUUCUGUGAGCCUCUCUGAAACAGGGACAGUGAGGCCGCAAAAUGGUUUAAAUUCAUGAACUGCUUUGCCUUGUAAUUCAAAUGCAGAUGGUUUUCCUGCCACCAGCAUUUUUUUAAAGGGUUGGAUUUCCCCCCCUAGCUAAAGAGUAGCAUGUGCUGUGUUUUUACAGCGGUUCCCAACCUUUUCCAGAUGGGGACCUAUUUUGACAACUCAGGAAGACUUGGUGACCCAAGGCAAUUCAAAAAUGGGGGGAGGAGAGGAGACAGAGCCACCUGGGGGGAACACUUGGUGACCCUUUUGAAAUGUAAUGGUGACCCAUAUUUGGGUCCUGACCCAUAGGUUGGGAAACCCUGGUUUAGAGGUAGGAAAUGCUUCACAAAAUCUAGGAAGCUGUAAGUGGGCAUCCUGUCUGUAUUGUAUUUUUCAUUAGCUUUUUCUUCCCUCUUCUCCGCAGACUCCUCUUAUUUUCACUCUGUUUUAAUGUUUACCCAUUAGACUCCCUCCCGCUUCACUGAACCUCCCCCUCCCUCCCUGUAAGGAGGAGGCAGACUCAGCAACACAGAGCUUGAGUUGAACUACUCAGCCUACAGCCUAUCAGUGGGUUUGUGAGUUUCCUGAUGGCUCUAUGUGGGUUUCUUUCUUGGAAUAUUACAACACAUGGGGCAUACGUUCAGCUGUUGUAAAUCUGGGUAGCUCCCAUGUCUGCUGUGGAGCUUUACCAGUUUAUAGCUGCUGAGGACCUUCUUUCAAGUAUAGAAAAACGCUGUAGUGAAUUAUCAUCAUCCUGGGUAACAUAAGUGACCAAUAUGAUGUAAUACCCCAGUUCAUCCAAGUUCUAGCAGAAAGGGACUGCGGGUAAAAACCGCUUAUUUCAGUGUGAGGCCAGACAUGCCUGGCUAGCCCUUAGCCCCAUGCAUUUGGAUCACAGUGAACUGUAGCUAGCAGUUGGUAUGUAGAAAAAGAGCCAGCUGAGACAUAACUGAAGAUUGUGCUGUAUCAGAAAAAAGGUGGAAUGGGUGUUCUGUUACUGAGUCUGAUCUUCCUGGGCUUUUUUAGUAUUGUGAUUAACUCAAUGAGCAGUGUUACUGCGUUACAGUUUGCCCUGUGAACUUUGCUCAGCUAAAAUGAACAGGCAUUUAUGUUUCAGAGAUGGUUGCAUACAACCCAGCAUCAACACUUGCUCUGCUCUUCUGAAAGUUCGUGCCCACUGAAAACUAUUGGGCUAUGUCUACACUCGCGGCUUCUUGCGCAAGUAUGGCUGUUCUUGCGCAAGA